AUGUCGCGCCGGCCUCCUCCCGAGAGGGCGGCUCAGAAUGCACAAACCCUGAAGGCUCUGGUCAAACUUGAAGGAAACAAAGUCUGUGCCGAUUGCAAGAGAAACAAACAUCCACGAUGGGCGAGUUGGAACCUGGGCGUCUUCAUCUGCAUCCGGUGCUCAGGCAUCCACCGUGGAAUGGGCACCCACAUCAGUCGGGUCAAGUCGGUCGAUCUCGAUGCUUGGACAGAUGAACAACUCCAGAGCAUACUGAAAUGGGGCAACUCACGGGCGAACAAAUACUGGGAGGCGAAGCUGGCGCCUGGCCAUGUGCCGUCCGAGGCUAAGAUCGAGAACUUUAUACGCACCAAGUAUGAGACUAAGAGAUGGGUAAUGGACGGUCCUAUGCCAGAUCCGUCGACCUUGGACGAGAACGGGGACGAUGACAUGCCUCUCAACAUUGUUCAAGAGAAAGCCAAAAUCGAGAGAUCAGCUUCACAGCGACAAGCACAGACCCAGCCGCCGCCACCGCCUCGUCCAGCAGCGAACAUGAACCUCUUUGACGAUUUCGCGCCUUCUCCUCCAGUCCGACCAGCCACGGCAGAUAUCCCUGAAAAGAGGCCGACCAAAACUGGUCCUCCAGCACCAGCACCAGCACCUCGAGCGGCGCCGAAACCACAGGACUCGCUUCUCGGACUGGACUUCUUUGGGAAUUCAUCUGGCCGUCCGUCAAGUGCGGCAUCCAACCCCACACAGUCCACAAACCCCAGGGGUGAUCUGAAGAGCUCGAUCCUGUCGUUAUAUGCAAGUGCGCCGAAACCUCAACCAGCUGCUCAACCUCAACAUAACCGCGAACCAUCAUUUGGUGGAACGACAUCUCCGCCGGCCAGACCAGACGCUUUCGGAGGGUUGGCUGAUGCUUUUGGCGGAAUGAGCUUUACCGACACCAGCACGCCGAAACCCACACCACCUAUGCAAUCUUCCUCUGCAUUUUCGGCUUUCGGCGGUCUGACAAACCCAGUCCCUGCAAAGGCGACCCCGUCGGCGCCACAAGUCACUUCUCCGCCUCCUUUGAGUGGUGGUGGCUUUUUCGAUAGCAUACCGUCGAAGCCCGUGGCCCCCAAGCCCACUAUCACCUCACCAGCAUCUUCUAACGGGUUGGAUUUCUCUUUUACACAAAAUGCUACUUCCCCUCAACCUGCACCAGCGCAAGCGACAUUACCAGCUUCGACAACAAGAAUUCCGGUCGACAUGUUUGCAUCUGAGGACUUUGGCGGCUUUGCCAGUUCUGUACCUGCCUCGCCGCCUAAGCCAGCGUCACUCAAGAUGACUGCCCCUGCAAUCAUUUCUGCAAGCACCCAAUCUCCUUUUAACUUGUCUUCGCAGCCGACACCCGCGCCCGCGCUCGCACACAAACCAGCGAACCAACCCUUCAAAGCUCCGGCAGUCCCUCCAAGCAGUGCACCCAUAUUUGAUCCAUGGGGUUCCGGUACUGAUAGCAGCCCAUGGGGAGCACCAGAACCUGCACCGGCAAAACCAGCCGCACCCAAGGUCGAACUAGGGAGACCGCCAGCUCACAUCACGCCCAAUGACAUCUCUGGAGGAUGGGCGGAACCCAUCUCAUCUGUAGCCAGCAAGCCUGUCCAGCAACCAACGGUGACGGCAGACGAGGACUUUGGAGGAUGGACAUCUGCACAGUCGCCAGGGGCAGGACCACCACCGCCAAAGGGGACUAGUGGUGGCUUUGGAGGUGCGGCAGAUCCAUUUGACAAUCCGUGGGGUUGA